AUGAGGUUGUUCAUUGCAGUUGGUUUGCUUUGCCUCGUGGCAGUGUACGCCAAGGAGCUGGGCGAGGAAGAAAAAGACCUUGUCACAGCUGCUAGCAAGCAUCAUAGUUCACACCAUGAGUCUGGCGGUGGAAAUGAGCAUCAUUCAGAUCAUCAUCAUGAACAUGGGCAUAAAGGACAUAAGGGACAUAAAGGACAUCACCAUCACCAUAAAGGCGAACACGGUCAUCAUGGGAAGCAUCAUCACGGAGGACAUCAUCAUGAACACGGUGGCGGCCAUAAGAAGCAUUGGGAUGAACAUGAUGAACAUGGUCAUCAUCACGAACAUGGACACCACCAUAAAGGCGGCAAACAUGGGUAUAAAAAACAUCAUGAUAAGGGAGAGCACACCGAUGGUUACCACAAGAAAUACCAUAAGGAUCACUUCCACAAGGACCAUCACUUUUACGAUGGUGAUCAUAAGACAGGAAACCAUCACAAACAUGGGCAUCAUCAUCAUCAUCAUGGUGAACAUGGUGGACAUCAUAAGAAAGGAGGUCAUCACCAUAGCGGUCAUCACCACAAGCACCAUGGUGACCAUGGCCACCAUGACAAGCACCAUCAUGACGAGGAUCACAAAGGAUACAAAGGACAUCAUGGUCAUGAAGAGCAUCAUCACCAUCAUGAUGACCAUGGCAAGAAGGGUGGUCACCACAGCCACAAGGACUGGGGCUUCCACCAUGGCAAGCAUUAA